AUGACGAAACCCAAAGGGUGCUGCUCACUGGGCCCUGCUGGGGAUAGAGGCCUUUCACUGGACAUGGCUCCAAACUCUACUGACGACAUGUACGAUGGCUGCAAAGACGAAAUGUCCAAGAAGGCGCCAGAGUUCCUGCAGGAAGAGAAGAAAAACAACAAAUUCAAGACGGCGUGGGAUGAAAUGAUGGCUGAAAGUACACCAGAACUGAGCAAAGAGCAGCUUGCAGCUAUUAAGGUUUACACUGAUAACAAAAACGGUCUGUAUCGUGAUUUAAAUACUGCCGUUCGAAACCAGGGCCCUCAGUACAAGACCUCGUUCAGGUUUCACGCAUUUCACUUUUACCUGACCAGCGCCAUUCAAGCUCUGCCUCACAAGUGUCUCACUGUCUACCGGAGAACCGGUAGCUGCCAUGUGCAAAAUGUUGUCAACAAGGAUUUUCGCUUCGGAUCCUUCACUUCAGCCUCUGAGGAUGACUACCCCAUCGUUGAUUACGGGAACAAAACAUGCUUUGAGAUCGUCACCUGCAACGGAGCAGACAUCUCUAUGUAUUCUUUGCAUCCUGAAGAAAGAGAAGUGCUGAUUCCUCCUUACGAGGUCUUUAAAGUCGUUGAGAUAAAGGAGAGCUCUCAGAACCUAAAGCUUCCAUGUGAGUUCAUCUACAGAGUGGAGAGCACAAAGAAGCCUUUUUCCAAGCUGAAUUGUGCUCUUAUUUUAAUAUAAAGCACUCUCACGUUUUAGACACAGUUAACAUGUAAGACAACAUUUAGGAUGCAUCAUUUUAAGUCCAGCAAAUUAUCUUUAAUCAGUAUUUAUGUGAAAAUGUAUUCAUUAACAUUGCUGAAAUAUUUGAAUAA